AUGGCUGAAGACCAGUCGGUUGUUGGUAGAAGGCAGAUCUACUAUGAUCCAUGUGGCAGUGAAACAUUGAUAUGCAGUGAUAGUGAGGAAGACAUUGCGGAAACUGAUGGAGAAAAGCACGAUUUCUCAAAAGGUGAAGAUCAUAUGCUGUGGUGAGUAUGGUAAGACUUGUUAGACCUACUCGCUCUCAAAGAACGAAUAACCUAACUCCAGUGACUUCUUGUUUAUAUAUUCCAAUAUAGAGUGGAAAUUGUUACUGUCAGUUUGUUCGCUCUCUAUGUUCUUUCUAUAUUUCGUUGAAGUGAUAAGUGGCCCAAGAGAUGACUAUGGUAUAAUGUGCCCGGCUAAAAUUUAAUGGAUUUGAUCACCCUUUUUAAGUAAAAAUCAAAAUCUCUAUAUCAAUAUUCAUAAUUAUAAAUUCUCUUUCCUUUUUUAGCGGAAUCAUACUCUUCCCGUGGAUCAAUUCAUCUGAUCUCCAAAUCAGCAAACAUUGACAUCCGGCCAUUCUGGACACCGGAUACAAUCCUGGUUACAUGAUUUCAAAGAGGUUAAACGUUUAAAAUUAAUAUUAAAAAAUGUUCUUAUUAAAUAUUUUUUAGGACGUUGAGAGGUCAUUUAGAAAAAAAAAUGAUAUCAGUAAACAGAUAAUACAUGGAGACUGGAAUUGAGAGUCGCUGUCUUUUUGUUAAUAUUUAUAAUUUUUGUUGCCAUUUUUCAUGUUAAACCUUGGAAGCAGCCGAGGAAUUUGGGGCCUUCAGGUUAAAAUGCUUUCUUGUCUCUCUUAAGUUUCAGCUCCAUCAAUGAUACACAUUUAUUCUCUCUUUUUUUAGACAAUUGAGAAAAGGCUUAAACAAUUACACAAACUAUGGCGUUUGUUGAGAAUAAUCCACGUGACUAAAGAUGCACAGAAGCAAAAACAUGUACUUCGGUAGAUUCGAAAGAUCAUGACAAUAUGUCAACUUGCUAGUCGUGUUCUCAUUGAUUAGACGUGCAUAGUUACCCUGGCGUCCCUUUUGAACUCUAGUUUUAGGUAUUUUGCAAAAGUCAAUGGCCAACAGUCAGAUUUGUCUAAUACCUUGUAUUCCUUUGUUUAGAUAAAACAUCAGUUUUACUGUACAUGCGCCAUGCCCUUGUUUUGCAGGAAGGCGAUUCAGCAGCACGGUUUAAAUGAGGAAGUUCUGAGCCAACUAGGUCAGUUUAUAGAUGCCAAUUCCACCGAAAUUCAGGUAUUAUAAGUUACUAUGAAAUAUCGGGAUGUUUUUUAAUCUUUUUACGUGUUCAUAGUUUCAGAUAAUUAUGCAUUUUAUACUUUGUAGUGUUUUUGUUAAAAAUUUCGAACGGAUCAUAUGGUAUGAGAAAGAUCUAAUCUUUCAAUUUUAGUAAUAGUUUAUUUAAAUUAAUCCAUUUUCAGAUUUUUUUCACUUUUUUUUACAGGAAAGAUACGAAAAUUUAUUGGACAAAUACAAUGACGGGGAUGAAAAAUCAGAAUCUUCUGGAGUAGCUGAACCUGAGAUAAAACCGUUCUUAUACAAGACGCUUAGUGCAGCCUUGGAUUCUUUUGACAAUAUAUUCUGUCGCCGUUGCCUGGUAGGUAUUUUAUUUCCAGGUCCAUAUUGAAAUCAUCUUUGGAAGGGAAGAUAUUAGUUUUUAUUGAUUCGUCAUAUGCAGCUCCAAGUCGUCACUAAUUACUCCUUUGCAUCUCCUGUAAUACAGAUCUUUGACUGCCGUCUCCAUGGAUGUUCACAAACUCCAUUUAUCCCGGUAAGCUUUUAGAUCUGAGAUCAUUUUUCCUCCUCGGACUAAACACAACUGUUCUUCUAAUGAGGAAUUUUUAUUGGUCGAUAGAGUGAGAAGCUAUCUUUCUCAAAACCUGAUGAAAAUGUGAACCCAUGCGGGGAUCAAUGUUAUAUGAAGGUAUUCUAUGGAACUUUUGUGUAGUUUUAAUAUAUUAUUGCUCAUAUCUUUUAUUUUCUCGUUCUUUGGUAAAUUUUAUUGGGACAAAAGCCAUACUUAUUUUCCGCAGUAAUUUUCUAUACUCCCAUUAUUUAUUCCAUUUCUGGAAAAGUAUACAGAAAUCAUAGUACUAAGAGUUUGUUUUUUUAAGGGACAUUAUUUAUUCUUUCAUGCCCCUAGCAUGAGAAACUUGAACUGGGAAGCACAGGAGCCAGGCAACAUAAACGCCUGCGAUAUGACUUUUGAAUUCUUGAUAUUAUAUUUUUAUCUCUCCCAUAUUCUUAUCAAGAGAUGACAUCUUGAUAGGAACAUGUGCGAGUUACAUGUGUAUCUUCAAUUUGCAAAGGUGUUCUCAUAAAUUUUGAUCUGGGGUAUACGGCCGGCCUAAUACUAUCGUUGUCAUCAUUAUCUCUGAUCAGAAUUAUUCAUUUUUUCCAAUCGGUUUUUUUACACACUUCAUAGUGAAUAACACCAUGGAUAACUUGAUUUCAGUUAUGUUGCAGAGAAAAUAUGCAAAAGAGUAUCAGACUGUUUCUGUAAGUGACGUCAGAUCUUUGGGUUCUAUAGGUGAAUUUGUUAAACCCCCUGAAACUGACUUCACAAAACAGAAGGGAACGCCUUCAAGUUCUUAUACGAAGUUCCGCUUGUUUUGGUAAACCUGUAUUUCUCUUCAUGUUCGUCCAGGAAAGGUGUCAACUCCUGAAACUCCAGUGGAUUCCGAAGCAUCGUUGAAAAGCCUAGGCAAACGUAAGGUCGGAGGUGAAUUCACAACGAGGUCCACCGAAAGUCCGCCGAGAAAUAGUCCGGGAUAUUCUGAAAAGAAACAAAAGAAUGUUCCAGUUUCGGAUAUAGUUUCUUUGGUUGGUGAAGAUGUGCAAAAUAGAAAUCUUGCUGAUAGCAACGAUCCGCACAAAGAAGGAGGUUCUCUUCAAGAAUUUCGGUUACGAGACAGAUCUUCCAGUGAGAUGGCUGGAAAUGCCCAAACAAAGGACAAAUUUGACGGAAACAGCGAAGAAAACGACGAUAACAUGGACACAUUGGAAGAUGCAGUAAGAGAUACCGAUGAACGUUCUUCAGUGAAGUCAUGCGACUCUAGACAGAGACAUAUGAUGGAACAUGGAGCAAGCAAUAUCAGUGAAGCUCCUCCAUUGAAGUCGAGCAUCAAAGAGGGAAGUUCCCAGAACUGGAAUUCCAUGGAGAAAGAUCUAUAUUUAAAAGGCAUAGAAAUAUUUGGAAAGAACAGGUAGUUGUCUUUCCUGUUUAUAAUCCAAGCUAAAAAAAAUUCGGAUCAUGUGCCCUAUUCCUGAAGCAUCAUGAAUACUUUCUAUUAUAUUCCUAGUUUUGUUCAACAAAAAUUCUCAUCCUUGGAAGUUACAUAUGAAAAUUGAAUUUUUUUUUUUCCUGAUGUCUCCCAUUUCAUUUGCUAAAAGCCAUUUUUUUCAUGCAUAUAGGCUCAUAAAACUUGAAUUUUGGAACGCGUAUCUCAGAGAUCAUGCAAUCCUUGACUUACUCUUAAUAGUUCCCCUUGCCGCUCCGAUUAGUUGAUCCCAAACAGAGGAAUACUCAUAUUUCGCUAUUAUCAUUCACUGCAAUACAUCGACUUUAUUGACAUGUUUGAAACCACACUCACGCCCAAUGUGUUCAACAAAACUCCUCAUCCUUUGGAAGUGCUGUUAGAGAUUUUAAACUACUACUAGCUAAGGAAGAUAGAAGAUAAAAACACGACUGGAAGGAGUGAAUAGAUGCCUUGUUCUUGGCUUGAAGUUGGAAAAUCUUCACAAAAAUUUUCACAGAGUGCAUCCGUGUUGAUCAUUAUUGAAAAACCUGAUCUAAGAAAAACAACAUAAACGUAUGUCAUGAGUCAUCACACACUUCGUGUAAAUGAAGAAUUUAGGAAGCUGGCAUUUUGGAACUUAUUAGCUUAUAAUAAAAUGCUGUUUGGAGACUGGAUGCAUGGGCUUGUUGUCUCAUCGUUUCACUGAGACAACUGACUCAUGGUUAAGAAUCAAGGAUCAGAAAGAGAUGGAAUGGGUCAAAGCUUCGUGAUGAUGACGCAAAUACAUGUUAUCUGCUGAUACUUGUCAGCUCUUGGCCGUCACCUUGAGCAUUUGUCUACUUGAAUUCAAUGUUUUAAUAUUGAGUUCUAUACGCUGUCCAGCUGCCUCAUUGCUAGGAACUUGCUGCCUGGCCUGAAGACUUGUGAGGAAGUGUCAACUUACAUGCUCAGUGAUGGUGCUGCCACCCCGAUCAAACCUGUUAUGAUGAAUUCAGGCGGCGAAGAUAGCGGAGCUGAUCCUGAUUAUAUGGUCUGCCUCGCAACCCUCACUAGCGAUGUUUCAAACACUUUUGGAAAAUUGAAAAAAAUAGAGUCAUUUAUUCUCUUGAACUAGCUUGUUUUCCUUUACUUUUACUGCAUUAAAUAGAAAAUAAACAACAACAGGAUCAACAAUCGGUAAGCCAUCAGAGCUUCCAAUGAAGGGUAACAAAAAUAUUUCGAAUAUUAGUCAUCUGAUAUUUUUAAUCUUUGAUCGAACUUCCUAUCUAAUUUAUGUGGCAGGAGCAGGAAAUACCAGCAAGAACGCGCAUCUGGCACCGAAAUCGUCGAUCGCGUAAGCUGAAAUAUACGUGGAAAUCUGCCGGGCACCCAUCCAGCCGAAAGCGUUUGAUCGACGGCAAAAGUCAGUCAUGUAAGCAAUACACACCAUGUGGGUGCCAGCCAACCUGCGGGAAGCAAUGCCCUUGUCUUCUCAAUGGAACGUGCUGCGAAAAGUACUGCGCGUAUGGGCUAACCUCUGCAUCAUCAGAAGUACUUGUUUAGUAUAUUUUUAUAGAACAAACUCAUCUAGAAUCAUUUACGUUUCCAUACUGUGGAUCUGCCCUCACACCCCAGAUCAUGGAUUUCUUCUCAUCCGAUGAUUCUUGUUCAUCGCCGCUCUGCUUGAUAAUCCAAAUUAAAAACCCUCAGAUACCCUUUUUCUGGCGCGCAAACCCAUUUAAAUGCUCGUUUUGCGGACCGUUUUGGAUCACGUGAAGCGAUCUACUCAAAUUCUCUCUCCAGAUGCUCAAAAUGCUGCAAGAACCGCUUCAGGGGUUGCCAUUGUGCGAAGAGCCAGUGCAGGAGUCGGCAGUGCCCUUGCUUUGCCGGGGGGCGUGAAUGUGACCCAGAUGUCUGCCGAAAUUGUUGGGUCAGGUAACUCUUCUCGCCAUUGCUACUGAUCCUUUCGGCUCAUUCUCAGGAAAAUCUCUUCAUCCACAUAAAAAAAUUAGCGCUACUUCUCAUUUUGUCAGUUUUUACUACUCUUUGAGAUCGAUUAUUUCAAGGUCUUGAUCUAUUUUUAGCAUGAAAUGUUUGGUUGUUUACUGUCACAUUGAUUGCUCAUGGAUGUUCGUCCCUGAUCCCAUCCUUCAUGCAUCCUGCAGCUGCGGGGGCGGCUCAUUAGGCGGGCCGCCGGCGCGAGGCGACGGCUACGAAUGCGGCAACAUGAACCUCCUCCUGAAGAAGAAGCAGAGGGUAAAUGCCUACUCCAUGGGCUGCCUCCCAGUGUCUCAUAUAUAGAGACUGAUGCUCGCGGAACUAAUUUGUAUGAACUCUGUCAGAUCCUCUUGUCGAAGUCCGAUGUUGCAGGAUGGGGGGCCUUCAUAAAGGUGAGAAAUCUUCAUCACACGGCGCAUAUUUCUCAGUCUAUCGCAGGAUCUCGGCACUCAGAGGUGUUCAAUCCGACAACAGAAUCCUGUGAACAAGAACGAUUAUCUCGGGGAAUACACCGGCGAAUUGAUCUCCCACAGAGAGGCUGACAAACGCGGGAAGAUCUACGACCGUGCGAAUUCAUCCUUCCUCUUCGAUCUAAAUGAUCAGGUAAUUAGGGUUUUAAGGUGAUCAACCUCACCUCCCAUUAGAUAGUCUUCUGACUGGGCUUGCACCCCGUGCAGUACGUCCUCGACGCCUAUCGAAAGGGGGACAAGCUGAAGUUUGCGAACCAUUCCUCGAACCCUAAUUGCUACGCAAAGGUACGUCUGGUCAAUCGAGGCGGUCGAUGUGAUUUGGUUCGGUCAUUCAAUCCGAGAGGUGGCUCUCCACCACAGGUGAUGCUCGUCGCUGGUGACCACCGGGUCGGGAUCUUCGCCAAGGAGCGCAUCGAGGUCGGAGAGGAGCUCUUCUACGACUAUCGCUACGGCCCUGAUCAAGCACCUGCGUGGGCCAGGAAGCCCGAGGGCUCGAAGAGGGACGACUCCUCUGUCUCCCAUGGGCGAGCUCAGAAAAUCGCCUGA